AUUGAGGAAUUAGGGUUUUAAUCACAACAAACCUCCAAACCGAAAGAGCGAGAGGGAGAGACGGAGAGGCAGAAGGAAUGGGUUCAAGGAUCACACUUAAGAGCAAAGGCAAGAGUGUAAAGGGAGCGAAAGCAGCGGAGGAGAAAUCGACAGCGGAUUAUUUGAAAGAGUGGAGCACAUGGACCAUGAAAAAGGCUAAGGUCAUCACUCAUUACGGUUUCAUUCCUCUGAUCAUCAUCAUCGGCAUGAACUCUGAUCCAAAACCUCAGCUCUAUCAGCUACUAAGCCCCGUCUGAUAUGCGUUCUGUCUUUUUGAUUUAAUUAAUAUUAAGAGGCUUUUUAUCUGUCGAGUCUACAUGAUGUGAGGAUAUUAGGUUUUAAUAUGUGAUUUUACUUUCUUGUUUUAUGUAACUUUAUGGAUUUCUCCCUUCUAGUAUACUGGCCAUUUCAAUUCUAUAUUCUCGGUUUAGUUUGUUUAAGGAUUCUAUUUGAUUUGGCGAAUUUGUUUAAUUGAAUAAAUCAACGUAUGGAUUGAAAUAUAA